GGAGGGGAAAACACGUUGUUGAACCAAUUUUUUAUUGAAUCGCCGUACGAGGUUUUCUGUAGCGCAGGUUUAAGAGUCAAAAGUGUCUUUAUAUUUCAGUGUGACGUGUUUACUGAAUUAUAACCGGCUUAUUUCUUGUUUUUUUUCUCUCGAGAGGACGUAAAGACACAGGGCUGCUGCAAUGUGGAUCCAGGUGCGUACUAUGGACGGUAAGGAGACCCACCGGGUCGACUCCUUGUCCAAAAUCACUAAGGUGGACGAGCUGAGGCUGCGAAUCUUGGAGCUCUUCAAUGUUGAGCCUGAGAGACAGAGGCUGUUCUACAGAGGCAAACAGAUGGAGGAUGGCCAUACUAUUUUUGACUACAACGUGGGCCUGAAUGACAUUGUUCAGCUAUUGGUCAGACAGGCGCCUCCUACAGGCGUCUCUUUGCCCAAAGACAAGGAGGCUGAGCUGUCGGACUCUGACUCGGGCUGUGGUUCAGGUCAGAGUGAGUCAGAUAAGAGCUCCACUCAUGGAGAGUGUGAGGGCCAGAGCAGUGGAACCUCAGCCCAGAGUGACCUCAUCGACCCGGGUUUUGGCCUGUAUAAGAUAAACGAGUUUGUGGACGCCAGAGACCUGAAUAUGGGCGCGUGGUUUGAGGCUCAGAUCUUAAACGUGACAAAGACUCCUAAACCUGCAGAAGGUGAAGGCAUGGAAACUGAUGGAGAAGACGAGAUCCGUUACCACAUCAAAUACGAAGAUUACCCGGAGAACGGCGUGGUACAGCUGGUGGAGAAGGAUGUGCGCCCACGUGCCCGCACUGUCUACCAGUGGCACCAACUGGAGGAGGGCAUGGUGGUCAUGGUGAACUACAACCCUGAUGAGCCCAAAGAGCGUGGCUACUGGUAUGAUGCCCAGAUUCAGAGGAAGAGGGAGACACGCACCCAGCGAGAGAUUUUUGGCAAAAUACUGCUUGGGGAUGCUGGUGACUCUCUGAACGACUGCCGAAUUUUGUUUGUGAAUGAAAUCUACAAAAUUGAAGAGGCUGGAAGCUCUGGUGGACCUGCAGCCACUUCUGACAGUCCUCUGAAGAGAUCCAACGGGCCAGAGUGUAAACAUUGUAAGGAUGACCCCAAGAAAAACUGCCGUUGGUGUAACUGCCGUGUAUGUGGGGUGAAGCAGGACCCAGACAAGCAGCUGCUGUGUGAUGAGUGUGAUAUGGCCUUCCACACAUACUGCCUCAACCCGCCGCUCAUCACCAUCCCAGCUGAUGAGGACUGGUACUGCCCAGAGUGUCGUAAUGAUUCAAGUGAGGUCGUCCUGGCUGGAGAGAAGCUGAAGGAAAGCAAGAAGAAAGCAAAGAUGGCAUCUGCCAGCUCAUCCAGCCAGAGAGACUGGGGCAAAGGUAUGGCAUGUGUGGGCCGCACGAAACAGUGUACCAUCGUUCCCUCCAACCAUUACGGGCCAGUGCCAGGAGUCCCUGUGGGUACCCUUUGGAAGUUUAGAGUUCAGGUGAGUGAGUCUGGAGUCCACAGGCCCCAUGUUGCAGGAAUCCAUGGCCGAAGCAAUGAUGGUGCUUAUUCUCUAGUGCUGGCUGGCGGCUAUGAGGAUGAUGUGGAUGAUGGUAACGAGUUUACAUACACGGGCUCCGGCGGGCGAGAUCUCUCUGGUAACAAGCGAACUGCUGAACAAUCCUGUGAUCAGAAACUUACCAAUAUGAACAGGGCACUGGCUCUAAACUGCAAUGCACCGGUGAAUGAGAAGGAUGGUGCUGAGGCAAAAGACUGGAAGGCAGGGAAGCCAGUGAGGGUGGUGCGCAGUUCUAAAGGCCGCAAACACAGCAAAUUCUGCCCAGAAGACGGGAACAGAUAUGAUGGCAUUUACAAGGUGGUGAAGUACUGGCCAGAGAAGGGCAAGUCCGGCUUCCUAGUAUGGAGAUACCUGCUCAAAAGGAAUGAUGAUGAACCAGCCCCGUGGACCCGAGAUGGCAAAGAACGCAUUAAAAAGCUUGGCCUCACCAUGCAGUAUCCUGAAGGUUAUCUGGAAGCAGUGGCAGCAAAGGAGAAGGAAAAGGAGAAUAAGAAUGAGGAUGAGGUGGCUGAAACACCUACCAAGGGCAAGAGGAAGCGGAAAUCUCUGGCAGAUGAAGAGAAAAAAUCACCAUCUAAGAGCACACCCAAGAAGGUCAAAGUGGAGGCCUACAAGCUGACUAAGGAGCAGAAGGCUCUGAUCAAAGAUGAUGAGCUCAACAAGAAACUAUGGGAUGAGGCCAUGCAGUCUUUAAACCUAGGACCAAGAUUCAUAAACAAGGUGGAGGAAGUUUUCCUGUGUAUCUGCUGCCAAGAAGUCGUUUACCAGCCCAUCACCACAGAGUGCCAGCACAAUGUCUGCAGGGAAUGUCUCCAGCGGUCCUUCAAAGCAGAGGUAUACACCUGCCCCGCCUGCCGUCAUGAUCUAGGCAAGAACUACCCGAUGACGGUGAACAAAGCUCUACAAGCCAUUCUCACCCAGCUGUUCCCCGGCUACAGCAGCGGUCGAUGAUGACAGUCUGAACUUGCGAGAGUAGUUCUGUGCAUCAAGACUGAAUUUAAAUGCCGCAAAAAGUCACCUUUCAAAAUACUGAACAAGACGCAAGCUAAUCAGGGUGUAGGGUAACCCAUAACCCGUUAAAUUUGUUUGGUCCGAUUUUUAGCAGGGCUGUAACCUGCUCUCUCUUAUAUAGCCCAUCAGGUAGAUCUUCCCCUCCCAAUACACCUUUGUAUUAACAAACCUCUUCUAAUAGCUUUGUAGAGAUGUCUUUAGGUGUAGGAACUUCCCAUUAUCAAAUGUAAUUCAUGAAUUACUCUGCACCAGCACAUCUUUUGUUUUUUGUUUUUUUUUGAAAAUCUUUCCGCUACGCACAACUGCACUAUUUGCUUUUAGCAAAAUCCUUUUAAAAAACGUUUUUGGCCAGGAAUAAGUGGACGUAUUUUGAUAGCAGGUAUGUAGGCAUGCACUGGCAUUGGGAUCCUUUUACAACAUUUGAUACAGAUCAGAUUUUUGUCUAACAGCCGUAUAUAUUUUUGACACCCCCUAGAACAUAUUCCUUCAUGGGUGAUUUAACUAAAAGCUAAUCAGUUCUAUUAUAUAAAUAUAUAAAUAUAUUUAUAUAUA